CCACAGGAUGUCUUAUGGGCAAGAUGGGCGUCCUCAGCAGGUACGGCUUCAUGGACCACUUCCAGAUGAAAGACCGCAUCCGCAAGUUCAGCAACGGCUUCGACGAGUGGAAGCCAUGGACUGAUGUCUACCUCGGCGCCUUUACCAACAUACCUCUAUACAGGGACUAUUGCAACUCGCCUAAGAAACUGUUGAAUCUCCUUGACGCUAUGAUUAUGACAUGCCCAGUAUCAAGAAGGAAGGACACGCCGCAGUGCGCUAAAGUCUUCACAGAGAUGACGCACUCCAUCCCAGUACAUGAGCAGAACAUAACAAAGGUGAAACUCGACCGAAUUUUGAACCACUUCCACCACGUUUUCUGGCCGGUCUCAACACAAGGCAAUCAUGCAUCUCAAAAACACUACAAAAUUGUCAAAAAGCCAAUCUACGAUUAUGGAAUUUUAAAGUCCAAGAAUGAACCAAAAGUCCAGAUCAUUGAUGUGAAGCCGGUGCCUAAAAAGCCGUUGGUACUUGUUCCAGUUUAUUUGAGGUUGCCAGCGCAAAAUAACCUUUCGCGACCAUAUGCCAACGAUGGUGUUUGGAGAAGUAACCCGUUUUGGUUGCAUACUCAAAUUGCGCUGGCUCAUUUGAAUACUACCACUACCGCUUCUCCCAAUCCUACCAUUGCUACAAAAACUACUACACCCACAGCCUGAAUUCGAUAUUCAAAAAUAUUUUGUACAGGUUCAAUGUACUUUAACUUGUGAAAUAACCAUAAAUAGGUAUAUAUUUUUGUGAAAUUAUCACGUACAAAAAUAAUGAUGUUAUAAGAAUUUCUAAUACGGAAUUUAUAAUAAAUAUUUUUUAACAGUUGGGCUCCACGAUAUU